GUGUUUGGAAUGGACUACCUAGCCACAAGUCCAUGGCUUGAAUACAGGUGUGUGCCGUGGCCUCACAGAAUCUGGAAAUUAAAGGAUUACUCUUAACUGCCAAACACUGGAGAUCUAGAGUACCAAAGACCUCAUGAGGGUAGAGAAUGGUUAAUCACUCCUACUUCUGCUCUGUUGAGUAGUGCUUUUGAAAUGUGCAUUUGGACACUGAAAGAUCUCAAUGCUGUAUCUGAUGGAUUUAUAACUAUUCAAAGAAACCGUCUGAGAUAACCACCUGCGUUCACUUGCGUGAUACACAGAAUUUACAAUGAAUUUUCUGGACAUUUGUCAUGGAUUUCUAAAUCCACUUAUUGUUCUCCCAUGAACUCUUUUCAUGGUGCACAUCACGCCACUCUAAAGAGGAACUUGAUAAUGGCAAAAAACACAAAUCAUGCCAUUAUGUUGCUGCCUUUCCCAGAACACAUGUACUGGGGAGGGAUUCUUCAAGGACUGUAUCCACCCCCUCUAUCACUCUUUCCUCUUCUUCUUCUAUCAUUGUUGCCCUCGGUUGCAGUUAGUAGCGUACCAGGUUUGGAAUAUGACUGGGGAACACAACCCAAACUUGUUUGCAUCCCUAUUCCUGCGGAUGCAGACCCUAGUUGUUUCAAACCAGGUGGGGCUGCACAUGGGCCUAACGGCAAUGGGCAUGGAAAUGGACAUGGGAAUGGACAUCAUGGGCCAGUUAGUGGGUUGCCAAAUGGUCAUAGUAGUAGUAGUAGCCGACAUGGUAUCUCUGAUGAGGCAAAAGCCACUAUUCUUCACCUGAGGGAGAGCCUUGUGCGACAGAAAGAAACCAUCCUGGAUCAGCGAGAGACCAUUCGGGAACUAACAGCAAAAUUGACCCUCUGCGAAAGCUUUGGGAGAGGGGCAGGAGGGCACCACGAUGACCAUCAUGGCCCUUCACACCACAACUCUCAUCAUUCCUCACACCACUAUGACAACAAUCAUGCUGAUCCACACUUUCCUUUAAAUGGGCAUCGCAACGACCAUCACAGAGGCAAAUCUCCAUAUCUCGGCAAACAUGGGAGCUUCUCCCCAGAACAAACAGGAAAGACCUUGCAAGCUUUGAAGGAGAGGCUGGAAAAUAUUCAGACAAGAAAUUCUUCCAGCUCCUAUUCAAGUUCAUUGAGAGAUCUCCUACAACGUAAAAUCAACGCACUGGAAGAACAGCUUCAUCAUCACUAUGAUAGUCAUCACAACUAUGGUCACCAUGACAGUCAUCAUGGAUAUGGCCAUCAUGAUGAUCAUGAUCACCAUGAUGACCACCAUAAUAACCACCAUGACCAUGAUGACCACCAUAAUAAUCACCACAAUAACCACCAUGAUGACCAUCAUGAUAAUCAUGACAAUCACCAUGACAACCACCAAGCAAACCAUCACGAUGACCAUCACUCCAACCACCAUUAUAACCACCAAUAUAGUUAUCACUACGACCGUCACAAAGACCACUAUGACAAUCACCAGGACAAUCAUCAUAACGGCCAUGAUGACCAUCAUGAAACCCACCACAACAACCACCAUGAUGAUCAUCAUGAUGACGACCAUCAUGACAGUGGUCAUCAUGGUGAUGUUCAUCAAAUCAGUGGUCACCAUGAUGAUGGACACCAUGGCAGUGAUGAUAAUGGCCACCAUCCACAAAUCCCAUACAAGCCAAAUGGGUCAAGAGCUCCUGCCCGUGGAGCCCACAAAACAUUAGACACAUUGCUCGGCAAUCUUCACCACAAGACUCCUGAAGCAGGACCAAACAAUAAGUCCAAGAAUCCUGAAGCUUUUCAGAUUGGGUUCCCAAUGCGCACCAACUAUAUGUAUGGGCGGAUCAAGCGCACCCUUCUAAAUGAGAUCUUCGCCUUAACAGUUUGUCUUUGGCUGAAAGGGGGCUCAGGUCCUGGGAUCGGAACCCCAUUCUCAUACUCUGUCCCAGGCCAAGCCAACGAACUUGUCCUGAUUGAGUGGGGCAACAAUCCCAUGGAGCUACUAGUGAAUGACAAGGCCAUCACCCUUCCUCUUUCUUUGACGGAUAGUAAAUGGCACCACCUCUGUGUGACUUGGUCCACACGUGAUGGCAUGUGGGAAGCUUAUCAGGAUGGUGUGAAAAGGGGCUCUGGGGAGAAUCUGUCCCCUUGGCAUCCAGUUAAACCAGGAGGAGUCUUUAUCCUUGGACAAGAGCAAGACACUUUGGGUGGCCGUUUUGAUGCCACACAGUCUUUUGUGGGCGAGAUGUCGGAUCUGCAAUUCUGGUCGCGUGUUCUGACCUCUACCGAGAUCUACAACCAAGCUUCCUGCUCCAGGCACCUCACUGGUGACGUCAUUACCUGGAGCGAGCCCAUGGUCGAACUCCAUGGAGGAGUCACAAAAUAUCCAUUUGACCCUUGUCAUUAAGGAUCUAAUGACCAGCCAUCCCAAAAAGAGCUGAAUGUUCCACAGCUGCAGUUGAGGUUAUAAGCCACAAAGCAUUUCCUCCCUACCGCUACUUUACUUGCAGCUUGAAAUGUGGACAAAUGUAAGUCCAGAUGGCAAGAUGUUGAAUGCUAGGCCAAAUACAAGGACUCUGACAGCAGCUACUACUGCAGAGAUUCUCAAGGUAGGCUAAUAGGAUUCACUAUUUUUCAAAAAGUUCCAUAUACGCCUUGGGCAUUUACCUAAGCACUUUAUUAGUUUAAGUGUCUAAGAUUUACAUACUGCAUAUUGAUAAGCACUCAGGUUGUUAACACAGUGGCUAAAAUCCCUUCCAAGUUGGUGGGGGGACCGAGUGGAAGAUUUUUUUAUUAUUAUUAUUUUUAUUUAUUUUAUCCCCUUUUUUCUCCCAAUUUGGAAUGCCCAAUUCCCCACUACUUAGUAGGUCCUCAUGGGGGCACAGUUACUCACCUCAAUCCGGGUGGCGGAGGACAAGUCUUAGUUGCCUCCACCUCUGAGACAGUCAAUCUGUGCAUCUUAUCAUGAAGUGCAAGAUUUUUUUAUCUCUGUACAAUUCAAGUGAAAUGUAAGAAAUAGAUUUUUAUUUUAUUUGUUUUUUUAUUUCUUUGGCUAGAUUCAUUUGAAUUGGCUCUAGGCAGCAUGGAGGCAACAAUGAGUUUUAAAGGUCUACUUCAAGCCUUUGUAUUACAUUUAAUUUAUAUUGCCUAGACUCCAAUUAGUUCUGAGUAUAGUUUGUUACCCAAGGUGCUCUUUCAGUCUUACAAAUCAAGAAUAAAUCAUCCUGAGAAAAUAUAACAAUAUUUUAUAUGCAUUCAAGAUUGUAUUAUGAAAAGCAAGAUAAGGGCUUUCUUAAAUGUCCAUGGGCAGGUAGACUGCUGUCAUGACAUUACAUAUGCACAUGUCAGAAAACUAGGAGCUGAAGUUUUCCAUAUUUAUUGCAAUUCAGUUUUAUUCAUAAUUACCAGGAUAUUCUAAGCAACAAUGUGUUGUUUAGCUAGAAACUCUGAGCCCUCUUUAAAAUUCAAACCUCCAGCAUUUUGUUAAAAUGCUUCUUUUAAAUAAAAGUUGGAAGUACUAGAUUUUUACUGCAUUUUACUACUAAAAACCCAUUCUUUCAAACUUUUCAACUUGAUGGCCAAAUGUACACAAAGGAAUAGCCUGAACUGUCAUGUUUUAUAUAUAUAUAUUAAGGAUACUUAACAUAUUUACCAGUUAGGUCAUUGUUCAACUUGUUUUAUGUAUGCAUGCUCUUGUAUGUUUUUGUUUAUGUGUGAGUGUGUAAACACUGAAUAUGAUUAACUUUAAAACCGCUUAACCUCGCCUUUGGUGUGUAUAUCUGUAUCCAAAUGCACUAUUUAGUAUUUUUCUUUUCUUUUUUUUUUUUCCCCUUCUCUCUUUCUAAUAUCAUUGAUGUAUAAAGAUGUAUAUAUCAGAUUUGUAUUCAUUAUUAACAAUAUAUUUGGGCACAUUCUUUAUGCCUAUAAGCCAAAAUGAACAAGCUUAACGUGAGACAAGCAUGUAUUCAAUUAUUUGUAAAUAAAGUAAUGGUUUUGAACUAACCACAGAUUUGUU